AUGAGCUCGCGGAUUGUUUGUAGUCAGGAGCUGAUAUGUCAAACGGUGUCAAAUAUAGCUGAAAAAAAACACUCCGAGCGAUAAAAGAUGAUUUUAUAUUAACGCUUCCUGAAAGCGGAAGUGGUUCUGCUGAUCAUUUGUAGCGUUUUGGAUGGAAUUUAGAACGAAUUUAGGCUCUAAACUGAUACAUUGUAUCAGACGCGCGCGUGACGCGUCCUGUCAAUCAAACCGCGCUACAAUGUUUCGAUGUGUCACAGAUGUAAAUAUAGAUAUUCAACUGACGAGACUGAUUUAGACUUUUAAUUAAGGCUCCUGAUCUGGAACAUCAGCAGAAGGCACCGGUUUCGCAACAUGCAGAUACAUUAAUUUGUCUUGCUGUUCAGUUGCAUGUAAAUCUGCUGUUUUUUUUAAAUACCAACAUGCUGCGAUGGAUUCUGGGCGGUCGAGAGGCGCAGGGAGCAGUGGAGAAGAGCGCGGCGCUGUUCAUUGGGGAGGAACAGCCCAAAAACUGCUUCACGGAGAUGCAGGUGCUGAAAGGACACUUUGACAUUGUUCGAUUUCUGGUGCAGAUUGAUGACUUAAGGUUUGCGUCUGCAGGCGACGACGGCCUCGUGCUGAUUUGGAAUGUUGAGACUGGUGAUUGUUUGUUGGAGUUGCGCGGCCACACACAGCAGAUCACAGCGAUGACAUCAUACACCUUCAUCAGAGGAGAAAACACACACACCGCUCUCAUCACAGCCUCUUCAGACCGAACACUCAGUUUGUGGGAUCCAGAUUCAGGAAACCGAGUGCAGAAUAUAUCAGAUCUGCAGUCCUCUGUGAAGUGUUUGCUGGUGUUGGAUCGUCUGGACGUGUGGCUCUCGGGAGGAAAUGAACUGUGUGUUUGGAACCAAGACUUUGAGCUGCAGUGUAAAACAGUUCAUCACAGUGACACAGGAAUUUCUGCAAUGGUGGAGCUACCGAAGAACUUCAUUGCAGCUGCCAUGGAUAAAGAGAUUGUGAUCUUCAAGUUGAACGUGUCUGGCUCAGAUGUUGCGGUGAUGGCCAUCCGUCAUCUAGCAGACCAUCAGGACACCAUUCAUUCUCUCAUUAGUAUCAAUGAUGGCUUGUUUGCAAGUGGCUCUCAUAUUGGUGAGCUCAUCAUCUGGGAUUCAGUUGAUUGGACAAUCCAGGGUUAUGAGCUCAUCCUGUGGGAGGAGUCAAAGGGAGACGGCCAUUCAGAGGUCAAGGUGACUCAGCAGAAGCAAAUCGAGAGGUCCAUUCAACACAUGAGCUCAGAUGGAGAGCUUUUAGUGGCUGCGGUGGGCAGUGGUCUGUAUGUUUAUAAUGUGAUGAUGAAGACUGUGGUGGCCUACAGAAAAAUGGCCCACGACUCCAACGUCCUGCACACCAUGAUCCAUACGGGCGGGCUGAUGUCAUGCUCUGAGGACGGCAGUGUGAGGAUGUGGGAAUUACAGGACCUCCCCCUUCCUGCUGAGCCCGCCUCCUCAGGGUUUUUUGGGAUGUUCGGUACUUUCGGCAGGUCCAGCAAACAUGCAGGACCCCCAGCCAAGAAACUCCCAGAAAUCCCUGAUCUGCGUUCACUGGAACUCAUCGGAGAUCUGAUUGGUCACUCUGGAGCCGUGCAGAUGUUUGUGAGUUUUGAGCAGAAGGCUCUGGUCACCUGCUCCACUGAUCAUCUGCUGAUCGUCUGGAAGGAUGGAGAGCUUCAGUCUCAGCUGCGCAGCCUCGCCGUCUUCCACAAACUGGAGGAAAAUCAGCAGCUCUGAGCAAACCUUCAUCUUCAUCAUCUUCAAUGUGGGAAAUCUGCCUUACUAACAUCUGCAAAGCCUUUGACACAGCGUCAGUGUUUUUAAUGUCACGUCAUUCACUGUGAUUUUUAGUUGUGUGGUUUUAAUGCGAUGCUUUUAUGAGUGUUUUAUAUUUGAUGUGUAUAUAUUGUGUGAUCGAUGUCGUUUUUAAUGGCAACACUUCCCAAUACCAGUCUUGUUUGGUAUCAUAAGUUAAUUCGUUGGUAAAGACAUUAAAAAGUGUAGUGCAUUUUAA